UUCAUUCAGGGCUGAGACUCGCCAUCUCCACAACAACCCAGAGAGCAGCAAAGUUAAAUUAAAGAAACACCACCCUGGUGAUCUAGAGCAUUAAUAACCCUGUUUAUGUUGCAGUUUUAUGCGUCCUGGUGCGAUCAGGCGCGCAACAGAAGGUGGGCACACAUGGGCGAACAUUUGUCCGUUUGAGUCAGUGAUCGAAAAAUAGCCUAACUCUGAAAAAGUUAGCCAGCGACAGAAGAAAAAGCCGGAGAGCCACAAUGUCUUAUUCUACCCCCAAUCAGGGGAACACACGGAGGUCUUCUGGUGUGGCACGUGAAAGAAGACCACCGGAUUUGGAGCUGUCAGAAACCAGGUUUAGCUCGCCUGAUCCAGAAACACCUGUGGGCAACGACACGUUUUAUCAACAACGAGACAAAAUGCAUGAGGAUCCUAGAACAACCACCGAGAUACCCCAAGUUCACCUUCACCCGUACUUAUCUCAUCCCCGGAUGUCUGUGCGGAUGUCGGUAUACAGCACGGGGGUCCGUCCAGUCGUCACCCGCGCCUACAUCCAAGGACGUGUGUAUAACUUUUUGGAAAGGCCGUCUGGCUGGAAAUGCUUCGUGUAUCACUUCACAGUGUUUCUCAUAGUACUUGCCUGUCUGAUCCUCAGCGUCCUCUCUACCAUCGAAGAGUACCAGGCCCUGGCUCACGAAACUCUCUUCUGGGUGGAGAUCGUCCUUGUGGUGUUCUUUGGUGUGGAAUAUUUUGUGCGCCUCUGGGCAGCAGGUUGCCGCAGUAAAUAUGUUGGCAUCUUGGGCCGACUACGCUUUGCCAGGAAGCCAAUAUCCAUUAUAGACCUGAUUGUAGUUGUUGCCUCAAUAGUGGUGCUGUCAGUGGGCUCCAAAGGCCAGGUGUUUGCCACCUCUGCUGUAAGAGGGAUUCGCUUCUUGCAGAUCCUGCGUAUGCUGCAUGUGGACCGGCAGGGAGGAACCUGGCGUCUCCUGGGCUCAGUAGUCUUCAUCCAUCGGCAGGAGCUGAUCACUACCUUGUACAUUGGCUUUCUGAGCCUGAUCUUCUCCUCGUACUUCGUCUACCUGGCAGAGAGAAGUGCAGUCGACGAGAGUGGCUACACUGAGUUUGAAAACUACGCUGAUGCUCUGUGGUGGGGAGUGGUAACAGUGACCACCAUCGGCUAUGGAGACAAAGUUCCUCAGACCUGGAUUGGAAAGACCAUAGCAUCCUGUUUCUCUGUCUUUGCUAUUUCCUUCUUUGCACUGCCUGCAGGAAUCCUGGGCUCAGGCUUCGCCCUGAAGGUACAGCAGAAGCAAAGGCAAAAACACUUUAACAGACAGAUCCCUGCGGCUGCCUGUCUCAUCCAGACAGCAUGGAGAAGUUUUGCAGUGGAAAACUUUGAAUCUGCCACAUUCAAAAUGUUUUUGAAAAAGAGAUCCAACAUUCAUGCCUCCUCUCUGUCCACGCCAAAGCCCAAGAAAUCGGUAAAGAUAAGGAAGAAGUUGAAGAGCAAUGACAAGGACAACGGUCCAACUUCUCCUACAAUUCCCAGCAUCACCUUUGACUCUGUGUUUGACAAUGGGAGGGAGCUGAGCACAGAUGUUUACAGCACUGUGGGCACAGAUUGCCAGCAGUCCUGGACGUCUUUGUCCUCCCUUCAGUUCAGCUCACCGCCUCCAGUGAAAAGAAGUCCUGGCCUCUUGGACGUCCACUCUCCUGGUCCCCUUCGGAGAAAUUGCAGUUUUGCAGACGAUCUGGAGCAGGAAUCAGAACGAGAAAGUGAACUGACUCCUGUCACCUCAGUGUCACAGCUGACUGAGUCUCACCGAAGAGCAAUCCGGGUGGUCCAGAGAAUGCGCUAUUUUGUGGCUAAGAGACAUUUUCAGCAAGCUCGUAAGCCGUAUGAUGUUCGAGACGUGAUUGAGCAAUAUUCCCAGGGUCACCUCAACCUCAUGGUGCGAAUCAAGGAGCUGCAGAGAAGACUGGACCACUCUUUAGGGAAGAUAACUUUGUUCCAGUCGGGUACAGACAGAGCCAAAGACAAAGGCACAAACUCUAUUGGAUCCAGACUCAACAGGAUGGAGGAAAAGAUAACACACAUGGACCAGACGCUGAGCCGCUUUGCAGACUCCCUUAGCUUUCUGAUCGACCAGAGGGACGACGGCGGGGGCGAAGGUGGAGGCAGGGCGAGGCCACGGUUUGGACGGACCGCCAAUGUCCUCCCCAGCCAGGACAACCUGCCAAGCUAUGACCAACUGUCUUCGUCACCCUAGUCCCUCUCCUCCAACAAUGCCAGUAACGCUGCCUGUCUCAACCCUCCCUAA